CGCGUUGGCCGAAGGGCGCGCGAUGACAGGUGUCGCGUCCCUACGGCGACCUGCGAUGGGGCGGCCGGCCUUGCUGCUGCUCGCGCUGUGCGCGGUGGGCGUCCGGGGGCUCUACUUCCACAUCGGCGAGACCGAGAAGCGCUGCUUCAUCGAGGAAAUCCCCGACGAGACCAUGGUCAUCGGGAACUACCGCACCCAGAUGUGGGAUAAGCAGAAGGAGGUCUUCCUGCCCUCCACCCCCGGCCUGGGCAUGCACGUGGAGGUGAAGGACCCCGAAGGCAAGGUGGUGCUGUCCCGGCAGUACGGCUCCGAGGGACGCUUCACCUUCACUUCCCACACCCCUGGUGACCAUCAGAUCUGCCUGCACUCCAACUCCACCAAGAUGGUGCUUUUCGCUGGCGGCAGGCUGCGUGUGCAUCUAGACAUCCAGGUCGGGGAGCAUGCCAACAACUACCCUGAGAUUGCCGCCAAGGACAAACUGACAGAGCUGCAGCUCCGAGCCCGCCAGCUGCUUGAUCAGGUGGAACAGAUCCAGAAGGAGCAGGACUACCAAAGGUAUCGUGAAGAGCGCUUUCGUCUGACCAGUGAGAGCACCAACCAGAGGGUCCUGUGGUGGUCCAUCACUCAGACUGUCAUUCUCAUCCUCACUGGCAUCUGGCAAAUGCGUCACCUCAAGAGCUUCUUUGAGGCCAAGAAGCUAGUGUAGUGUCCUCUCUGUAUGAAAUUCCCUCUCACCUCAGUUAUUUGGUACUUUCCCCACAGAAUACCUUAUCCACCUAGCUUGUGAGGGGAAAAAAAAUGAAAAAAAGAGUAUAAACCACAUUGGUUCCCUGGCAAUAGAGCAUCCCGAUCAGCCACUUGUAAACACUGGUUCUCAAGGACACAGGACAUUGGUCCAAGCUUUCAAAGAUGUCUUGGGGUUUGUGCAGUCAGAACUGACCCAGGACUAAGUCUUGCUUCUUUCACCUCCAGUGAGUCCCCUCCAUCCUCUCACAAAAUGAGCAAAUGACGUCUUUCCUGUAACUUCUGUCUACUGGUGCCGUAGGAGAAGGAAAUGCCCUGCCAAGGAGGUCCCGCCUCCCUGCUCCCAUCAGUCCUGGGUUCACUCAGUGGCUUCGUGAAUGUAAAUAAGGGACGGAGGCCCUAGGGGAUUGAAAUGUUUUUCUAUAUAUUAGAACUAUUUUUUGAUAAAUUAUAUAUUUUCUUUGCUAGUUGAAGUGUUACUGCCUGUGUGUGACUAGCUGACAAUGCCAAUGCAGCCCUCUAUGCAUUCUGUUUACCCACACAUUUUUGAUAACUACUGUGGCAGCUCUCAGGUUUUCAGCCGUGUGUGGGCCAGAAAGCAGAUGUCCCAGCUGCUAUCGAGGCUGUAUCAAUAGAGGGCCAAGCAGAGAGUCCUCUGGGACACUUGAGAUUUCAUCAAACAGCUCCCCAAGGCAGGAUACUCUUCCCCUCCCUCUUCCCCUGAUCUUUAUUUAAGCUAUAGUAAAUGUUUUCAUGGACCAGGUUUGGUUCUUUAUACAGAUUUUUUCCAGUGAAAUAAAAUGUGUUGUACUAGCUGUGUUUGAAAUGAAAUCAGAGGUUGUGGGGAGUCGAGGCACAUGGACAUGAAGGAAAGACGACCUCUGCAGCUGACCUGCAGUAUGUGGGCUUAUGGUGCUAGGGUGUGGCCUGACCACAGUCUUAGGAUGUGGGUGACGAGUGGUUGCUCAGCCAUUCAGAGGUCAACCAAGUAGACGCAUCAGCAAGGGAUCGUGGGAGGGGGCUAAGGCCCCAGAUCAUAAGUUUAAGCAGAUCUCACUACACUUCCCUCAUGCUGUCUGCUGUAGGAAACAGUGCCAUUAGUUGCCCUUUCUUGACAUUUUACUUCAUGGUUUUAUCUGAUCUACAGAACUAAAUUCUCCCCUUCAUAUUUCUCUCUUUAUGUCUGAUACUAUUCCAUAUAUGUAGCUAUUUUUACUUGUAAAAAUAUAUGCAAUUUAGAUUUAUGGGCAUUGUCAUUUAA